AUGGUUCGAGACAGAGAUGGCGACGAAUCCUCGGCAGUCAGCCAAUCAAAACGCCCUGCCCUUCAUCAUCAGGAGAGCGAUUCGACAAACAGCGACCACGCCGUGAGGGAACAUCAUCAUCCGCACCGACCGAAGCCUCAGAAGCACGUCGUUGGCGCCGGUCGCUUGCAUGCACGCGUCCCUUCCUCCAAAGCACUGCACAAACACCAUGGCUCAACAGCUUCUAAAUCGAACCAUCGACGCAUAGCAUCUCCCUCGCCCGAACGAAAACCAAGUUCUAUAGCCGGCCAUCGACGUGCGCAAUCUGACGCAAAAUUGUCCCGCGAUAGCUCAUCAACUAACCUGAGCAAGAACACUUCCUCCACGAGUCUCCGGCGUAACAAGUCCCACGGCGAAGUGAACAAAAGGUCAAAGUCCUCUGACAAACUAAAGCGUACGAACUCGAACCCCGCCGUGAACAAGGUCAAAUCGCAAAAGUCGCAAGUUCACUUUGACUUGGGCAACGACGGUCAAGACGACGAAUGGGUUGAUGCCAGUACGUCCGCCUCGCCAUACCUAUCGAGGAGAGGGUCGUUGGCCAGCGCCCAGUCCUCGGCCAAACCAGACGACAGCAGCGCCAACAACUCAAGAACAGAAACUCCCACCGUACAAUCAUCUCCCCCUGCUGCGUCAACCCCUGAUCGCGAGACCGUUCAGCACAAGGAAUAUCUUACAUCGAGAUUACUUCAGCGCACCCCGUCACACGGCGCGCCACCCAAGAUGACCGCAGACAACGUUUCUGUCUCGCGACGAGGCCAAUCCCAGUCUCCAGACUCCAUCAGCCGCGUUUCUACGCUUGCUGACUCGCACAACAUCAGCACCCUGCCGGGAACAAGCUCCGGCGAUGAGCUCAUCUCGAGAUUUGUUGGCGCAGGCAGUUCCGGCCCAGCUCGCGAAGGAUCUUUUUACCAACUCCCGACUCGACCCAGCAGCCGAAGGUCAGACGACAACAUUCAGCGACGACCGCAGUCUUCAAGCUCCGGACCACCAUCACAGCGCGACCCCACGUUAUCAGAAGACGAGGACGGCACGGCGCUUGCCCCGCGGUCAGGUAGACGGUUCGCUCCGCCAGCGGAAAAGUCGCGAACUCAACAGAAGCUUAACCUGCAGCGCGCAAGCUCUGUGAUCGAACCAGGGCAAGCAGUUGGGGGAGGUGUUGGGGCAGUUGGGGCAAGCCCGCUCGUGGGAAUAGGAGGGGCAGGCUAUGAUGGCGGCACCAGCCGCGAUCCACGAGUAACAAAGCAGCUGGAGCGAACAGGGAUGGAGUAUCUGAGUGUCCGCAGGUUCCAGAACCCUGUGGUUCGUUCGCUAGAUCGCCUGGCGCAGGUCAAUCGCCUCAACAAGAACCGGCGUAUACCGCGCAAUGGCACCGCCAGUGUCGAUGGCAAGGCGGCUUCGAUGCGCAGUGGUAUUGUGUCCGGCCAACACACUCGCAACUCAAGUCUCAACGAGAGCAGCGCGGCCGCUACUGGCAGGAGACCAACGACGCCGCGCGCACAGUCGAUUCGGACAAACGGUGCUGGAUCCAGCUUCGAGGCUGAUGUCGAUGACCACCAGAGCAGCCGUGCCCUGCACGAGGGGUCCGGAACUCAGGGGCUCAGCGGAUCAAGUCUCGUCGGUGGAGACGAGGACGAAGGCGUGACAGCUAUUCUGCGAAAUCUGUGGGAGAAGAAUCUGGACCUUAGUGCCAGCCAAGAGUAG